CUUUGUUUAACAUUGUACAAUUUGGCGAGGCGUACGAUUAUAUUGGCGAAAUAAAAGUUCACUCAUUUUUCUUGUUUAAGGAAUUUAAUGAAUUGCAUAGCUCUGUUUGGAUGUCUUAGUCGUAAGCAAUCGAAUUGAUUGUCUGUUCGCCCAUUAGAUAUUGCUGUAUUUGGUAGUGCCAAGCAAUACAAACAUCAUCUUUAUGAAAAUAAUGAUAUUUUGGCCAUUUCCAACAAAUCAUUGAUUCAAACCCUUGGAUUUGAUACUGAAAACUUGUUGUUUGCUUGAUGCCAGUAUGUUUCAUAUAGGAGGACUCGGGAUGACUCAAAGAAUCAAUAAUUCAUUAAAUAAACAUUGGGUUUCUAGCAGCUUGAUAAUUAACGUACAUGAAAUCGGAGGUUUCAAAGGUCUUUGACAUUGGGCUUUUGAACAAGCCAUGGAUAUUUGAGUACAAAGUUGUAUCCCAAUUUUAUUUUUUCGUAUAAGACAAGCUAUACAUUGUUUCAAAAUACAUAUUUAGAAAUACCUAUUUGAAAGUCUUGGGAAAUUUGACCUUUACCAAGAACCAACUUUCAAUAGAGAAAUAUGCUUUUAUAGGAUAAAGGGUAGAAAAAUGGACUCAAAUAAAACGGUAAACGUGGAUGAUUUAGUGACAAGAUUCAAAAGAGAAGGACAUUUCGAUCGUUUACGAAAGCUUGUCUUGGAAACAUUCAAAGAAAAGGAAUCGGAGGGAUUCGCAGAGCAACUUCGAACAAUUGCUGAAUUAGAACUAGAGAAAGAUCCAUCUUUAAAAACCAAAGAUCAUUUCCGAACAGCGCCUUUAAUCGCAGGCGCCGUUGAUCGGACAUCGCUUUAUGAAAAUACCUUGGAAAAUAUAAAAAACAAUAUUUUGUCUCAAGAUAAGCUCAGAGUAAAUGUCCUUGAGACAAUAAAGCAAUUGUGUGACAAAGAAACUGAAGGGCAUCGGGGAUCAUAAAGGUAAAGCUAUACUACAACAAAAUCAAAAUCCUCUUCUAGUUUGGUUAUAAUGGUUGAUUCUUCAUUUUAUUACUAUAUAUAUUUUGGAGCAUGUUUUCAAGUAUUUAUCGCAAACUGGGGAUCGAUAUGACGUUGAAUGCUGGAUAGGAUUCAUAAGGCAAAAUAUAUACGCCAAAGCAAUAACAAGGAAGUUUGGAGAAAGAAGCGUGUUGGCGUCCUCAAAGGAUUCACCAAAUAAUACGAACGACUUGGUUGAAUUGUCGCCGUCGUUUAUUACGAGAUCGAUUAUUUAACAAAUAUAAUCUCGACGCACACAUAAAUAAAAGAACGUGCGUUUGUUUGAUCAGCUUAAUUGGUCUGCUAAACAAACGUGUAUUAAAAACUAGGAACUCCGCCAACAGUAACUGAAAGACAAGCUGAUUAGAAGAAAUAAAAAUAAUGGACAAAAAGGUGAACAAAGCGCACAAAGAUUAAGCCGAAAUAAAAACAAUUGCAUUACAGUUCAUGAAUAGUUUAGGUCGUCAUCAUUAAGGAUGUAAAAUGAGUGCUUCAAAUAAGUUAUGCUUUGGUUAACUUCAAAGUACAAGAAUAAAU